CACUCCUCCAAAAUCCUGCAGCAUGAAAGCAACUUUGCUGGUUCUUUUGGGAUUUGCAUCCUUUUUAAAUGCUUCAGUUAUAUACUCUAGCUACAGGAAAGACUAUUUCUAUCCUUACAGUGAAUACAAGGAGGCCAAUCUACCAGACCCUGUCAAUGGAGGAAGGUUUCACCUUGUCAGCACAGCUGAUGGUAACGGGACAUUUGAGAGCAUGAUCCUUAAUGGUAAAACUGUUCAAUUUGAGGAUGGAAAGGAUCCUGACAGCUGGUAUUUGGACUGGUUGCACGUUUAUCCAAAAACAGUCAAAGAAGGUGAUCCUUUGUGGAUAUCAUUUCACACAAGGGAUAGUUCAUUUAAUAAAGAACCUAAUCUUGCAUUAGUUGAGCUGAAGACUUCAUCAGGUUCAUCGCUACUAAAGGGUAACUUUACAUACCAGCUCACCUCCUGCAAUAUAACCUACAUCACAACCGAUGCCAACUAUUCACAACUCUUUAUUCAUGUGCACAAUGACUAUAAAGACACUAGGACAAUAAAAACUGUCCUUGUCAAUGGUGCUGAUAGAACAAAUGACAUCACUAACAAAGCAAGCUUAUCUGUUCCUGCCAAAGCCUCCACUCUCCUUACUGUGCCUCUCUCUCCUGCAUUAAAGCCAGGGAGUCUAGUCACUGUAGUCCUAGAGUUCCAAGGGUCUGAUCCACCAUUGGGAACUGGCCUACGUAUAGCGAAGGCACAUUUUCCUAUUGAGGCUUAUCCAAAGUCUCACGAAUGUCCUUUCCCGACUGUGAAAGAUGAUAAUUAUAAGUUCCAUAGAGACCAUGGGUUUGAUACAUUUUUCUUUGGACAAAACUCCGCCAAACCUUGUGGCAGCAGCACCUCUGGGUCAGACAUAGCAGGAAAGCUAGCACCACAGUACUCCUUUUACUGUCUCAUCCAAACUGAUAUACCUUUAACUUCAGUUGCUAACAGUCAGAAUGUACUAGCAAAACUACUAGGAGAUGAAGUGGAUAGUCACCUGGAUGAUCAACUUCGUAGUUUAAUGAAAACUACAGACUCACUUUGGGAGGAAGAGACAGAGAUAGCCACAUACAUUGGAGGGUCUCGCUCAAGAAGAAACGGAAUAUUUGCUGGAUUGACUGACAUUCAAGGAAUGGACAUGUAUGUAGCAGCAUGUGCCCCACACAUACAAGAGUUUCUGAAUCCUCCUCCUCUAAGAGGAUCCUAUGAUUACUUGCGACUAACUAGAAACAACCACAUGCCAUUACCAACCUGGCUCUACUCCCAACUCCUUGAUGAUGGCUGGGAUGCACAACUUGAUGGUCGCAUCAUAAGUCAUCGCCAGCCAAAUCCUGAUGAAGCAAGAAUUCAAGCAAUGUCCGUGAUUGCUGGUUGUGGUAAGGGACUUAUGUACUUUCAAAGUGAAAUUGCUGAAAACCAAUACUAUCCAAAGACAUGGGUAGAGAUCGGUAACUUCAAUCAUGACAUAGGAGCAGUGAGAGAGUACCUAAGAGAAGGAGACUGUACUGACAUGGUGUCAAGCAGUGAUGGGGACAAUGCUGACGCUAACUCAAUAACUCAAGCAAUAAGAUCACCAGAAGCAAUCUUAGUCACUGUCAUUAAUCUUAAGAAUGAUGGGGGAAUCAGUGAUCUUCAAUGUGAACUGGGUAAAGAUGAGCACUGGUCCAUCAGUGACCACACUGUCAAUAAAAUAGACAUUACAGUGCCAAGCGACUUUGGAUCUGUCGUUGAUAAAUUUGAAUUAAGAAACGGUCAGAUCUCUGAUAUUCCAUCAUCAAUGUUCUCAUACAAUGAGAGCGUUAGUCUAGGAGAGGAUUAUCAUGGAAAUACUCUUAUGGGCGGGACAGCUACACUGAGCAGUGUUGAUCUGUCUUCGAAGAAAUCCACGCGAUUGUUUGUGAUGGCAAACUCGCCCGAUGUGAGGAAAACAAUACAAAACAAUUUGAAAAAACAACAAUUUGAUAAUUGAGUAUUGAAAUACGUACAUAUUGUCUUUAG